AUGGGGGCUGGAAGUUCCACAAAUGAAAUACCGUAUUCGGUACAGGUAUAUAUUUUAAUUUCUAUACAUUUCGAUGUUACCCUGGUUCCAGAGGUUUAUUUCUCCCCUUCGCAAUUUUAAAAUAAUAAAAAUAAACCUCUGGAACUAGGGUAUUUCGAUGUCUAUUUAUUGACCAAUGUCUGGGGCCAGCCGCCAGAGUAUGAGAAGUUUUAUCGUGGACAAUUUUAUAUUUAGACUACAGACUGAUCAGUCUGAAUAUCGAGACACAUCUGUCUCGCAAAUCAUCUGUCUGAGGCAGUGAGAGGGGGUUUAUAUGGAAGCGGGCCAGCACUGAACAACCCACCUAUCCGAGCCAGCUUGGUUUACUAAGAUAAAUCUCACUUUUACUUAAUAUACAAGACUUUAAUUAUAGGCUGGUAGGCUGGCGUACCGAAGCCUGGUAACUGGGUUUAUAUCGAAAUACCCAAUCUGGUUAUGCCAAGAUCCAGGGCCAACUUCACUUUCUAAUUCUAGAUGAUUAACUAAUUUAUAUAAUAUAUAUAAUAACGACAACUUUAUUCAAGCUAGACUUCCCCUCAAUGGCUCUCUCCUCCGCAGAGGUUUCAAUGAGCUUUACAUGGCGUUUACCGUAUCGAACCGCUGUGUGGAAGACGCGCAGGCGGAGACGCCGCUUUCUUCGAUAACACCGAAACCUCUGCGGAGGAGAGAGCCCCGAUGGAGGAAAUUGGAAGUUAAUCCACCCCCUAUCCCAUUCUGAUGUCCUAGUACAUUUCCCUAUUGUCAGAAGUAUGCCCCCCCAUCCAGAUGGCAGAAAGUUCCUCUGUGGGGGAACUAUAGAUCUUUCCUGGAACAAUUAUCCCAAUAAUGCCAGUAAUAAUGAAUUUAUUCAAGGAAACAGUUCCUGCCAUAACCAAACGUACCAUUGGUAAACUGAUUGUGAAAUAUUGUGGCAACGAAGGACGGGCAGAUGACCCGGACUUGUAUGUAACACUGAGACAAAUGCUACAAGCGACUAUCACAAAACUUGACACAGAGUCACCAGAAACAUGGAAAAAUGCAGAGAUAGUUAUUUACGAUCAGCGUGGUAAUGACUUUUGUAUCCGAUCUGGUGAUGCUGAAAAUAAAUUUGUGGUUCAAUUGGACGAAAAGGAUGAGAUUAAUAUAAUGUGUACAGACAGGAAAAAACAGGGUAUGUUUAGUUGGGUGAAGUCAGUCACAUUUGAUAAAAUUCCCAGUAUUUUUGGCAAGCCAGCUGCGAUUGAACAUGGCGAUGCUUCGACCAGUCCAACUUUGAACGAAGAUGCUGAGAAUAAACAAACUGACGAUUUGUCCAAUGUAGAUUAG